AUGUCAACCUCCGACGACUUGGAGAAACGCCUGAAGAAGGAGCUGAAGAGAAAAAUCGCGUUCGUGGAAUCAGCCCCCGCCCGGCCAUCGCAGCAGUUGAUCCAGGAAAAGAUCCAGCACUAUGGUAGCAUCUCGCACGAAUGGAUCGGAGCGAUCAAACAGGCACGAUACGAGUUCGUCAACCUCGUAGCCGACAAGGAAGCCCUGAUCGACAGAAGAGGAGGCGCUUACCACUUCUGGAUCACGCUGGAACAACUCCGCAGAACGCACGAGGACAAGAUGAAAGAGCUCUCGGAUGCCCUGCAGAUGUUCAACAUGGCCCACGAAUGGUACGAAAUCCUGGUAGCAGCAGACGAGGCAGGAGAACUUGAAAGACUAGAAUUUCUCCAGAAGAUCAGCAGGGAAACUUACCUCGAGCCUACGGAGCCAGGAGAUGAUGAUGGUUACCCUCAGCCCAAAGAAGUGCAGCGAACCUUCUUCCGUACCCCUGUCAACGACAUGGCAGCAAUUCAGAAGAAGAACUUCAAAGUCCUCUUCAAAGAAGAGCAGGAAGUGUCUGUCCAGGCACGAACUGAGAUGAAGAUGGUUAUCGCAGCAGAAGACGAGACCCUCUUCCAAAUGAGGAACUCUCUUCAAGAUCUCAAGGAAGAGGUUCGUAAGUACAGAGAUGAACUGCGUGCUAGCAUAGUACGCUUGGAGGACAAACUGGAACGUUCAACAUCGAAGAUCGUGCAGGCAGAGCAAAAAAGCCAAGACACGACAACUUCCACGAUGGCCAAGCUGACUGAAAACAUCACGAAAAUUCAACAAAAUAUCUGCAAUCUGGAAGCGAUGAUGAACAAUCACAGCCGACAAACUGCGGACACGAGGAUUUCGCUCUUUCAAAGCAGAGCCACGAGCAAGCAGAACACGAAGAUGAGAGCUGAGCGAAAUCUACAGCAGUGCGAAAGAGAACUCUCCGAAUUAGAAGAGAGCCUUCGUGUCAACUGGAUCCGAGACCGUCAUUUCGGGAACCGCAACAUGAAGGAGAGCGAGAGCAACAUGCUGUGCGUGUACUGCAAGAGACGAGGAGAACACUACUCGGAUGCUUGUCCAUGGACGAGGACUGUGAGGGAGCGUAUCCAGGUACUAGAAGACGAACAACGCUGUAGAGCCUGCGUGGAAACUGGACACAGGACGAUGGACUGUACACGACGUAUUCAGUGUUUCUACUGUCGGUUCAGCAACGAUCCACAAUCACGAGACAUGGACCACCACUCGAGCAUAUGUACGAGACCUGAGGAGCAGAUCCGUCGCAAGGAACGAAAAGCGGAGCUGGAGAAGCGCAUCACACGCCUUCGAGACGAGUUGAAGGAGUUGGACGACGACGAAGCUGCGGACAACUGA